AUGAGGGUCUGGAUCUUCUUCGUCUUGUGCCUGGCUGGCAAAGCACUAGCUGCACCUCAACAGGAUGCUUUGCCGGAAGAGGAGGAGGUGAUUGAAGAUGUUGUGACAGAGGCAAUUGUUGGAGCAAAUCCUGUGCAGGUAGAAGUUGGCGAAUUUGAUGAAGCAUUUGCUGAAGAGGAAGAGGAGGAAACUACAUCUGAGAAUCCAUGCCUUAACCACCACUGCAAACAUGGCAAGGUGUGUGAAGUCGAUGAGACCAACAAACCAAUGUGUGUAUGCCAAGAUCCUUCUACCUGCCCCGAAAGUGUAGGAGAGUUUGAGAAGGUCUGUGGUACUGACAACAAGACUUAUGACUCUUCAUGCCACUUCUUUGCCACCAAGUGCACCUUGGAGGGCACAAAGAAGGGCCACAAACUGCACCUUGACUACAUUGGACCAUGCAAAUUUAUUCCUGCUUGCAUGGAUUCUGAGCUCACUGAAUUCCCUCUGCGUAUGCGCGACUGGCUGAAGAACGUCUUGGUCAGCCUGUAUGAGCGCGAUGAGAACAACAACUUACUCAACGAGAAGCAGAAGCUGAGGGUAAAGAAAAUGCAUGAAAACGAGAAGCGUCUGGAGGCUGGAGACCACCCCGUUGAGCUGCUUGCUCGUGACUUUCAGAAGAACUACAACAUGUACAUCUUCCCAGUUCACUGGCAGUUUGGACAGCUGGACCAGCAUCCCAUUGAUGGAUACCUCUCCCACACUGAACUGUCUCCUCUCCGUGCCCCCCUCAUCCCUAUGGAGCACUGCACCACCCGUUUCUUUGAGGAGUGUGAUCUCGACAGCGACAAAUACAUUGCAUUGGAUGAAUGGGCUAAAUGCUUUGGAAUCAAGGACGAGGACGUGGAUCAAGACAUGAUCGUCUAA